UGUUUUCUUCUUUCCUUUUCAUUCCAACAUGUUUCAAAACCAGUGGAUUACGAACUAUCUCAACCAUGUCACACAGUGUAGUCAAGGCUUUGUCGGUGAAGCUUCUUCUAAGCUCUGCAGCCCUACACUACUAAAGAAAAGAGCAAUAAGCUUUGGUGUGGAUGACAGAACAUCACUGGUUAGGAAUACUACAGAUAUUGAUGCAAACAUUCUUGCUGUGCUGCCCAAAGUUUCAGAGCUAAGGAAGCAAUUUGAAACCACGAUCAGAAGUCAUCCAGAAAUGAACAGGAAAGAAAGGAUAGCAAGAAGGUUGGAGGCGAUUGAAUCUGAUGUUCCAUCUACUCCUGCUACAAGCAUCCAACACACAGCCGGCCUUGUGACUAAUCGGCUACUGGAGGAGGACACACCACGCUACACGCGUGCUUCAGAUCCCAGUGAUCCAGGCAUUGUGGUGCGGCGCUACAGUCAUGAUGAGAUGGAAGCUCCCGAGCGGCAAUCCAGAGGUCGGACACGUCCAGAUCCACAGUCGUCCGCCAAUCCUGACCCGAUAGACCUUACCCCAGCAGGGUCUGACGCGGCCUCUAAAGCGGAGCGGAUCGCGCGCUACAAAGCUGAACGCCGACGACAAUUAUCAGAACGUUACGGAAUCCUCCUCGACCAGGAGGUGGAUCUGGAUUACACGCCGCGCUACACUCGUGCACGGAGAGAGUCUGAUUUGUCGGACAGAGGGGCUCCUCCUGACAGGGGACGUGGUGAAAGCAGAACCGGGGGCGGGGCAUUGCAAGAGCAGGAUAAGGGGCGGGAUCGAAGCAGCAGCAGGUCUAAAUACAGCAGUUCAGGGAUAGGGCGGGUCUUCAUGCCUUCUGACCCCGCCCCCGAUCCUGCUCCUCCAUCAGGCUUUGAUGCCGAGCGAGAGAGAGAGAGGGCAAUGAACUUGGAAAAUUAUAGACGAACACCUGAUCGAAGUCCGAAACCACGGCCACAGGAAGCUCCGGUUCCCAUGGAAACAACAGCUGCCCAACCAACAAAGGGUGUUGCUGUUGUCACCGUGCCAGUUUCACCUAGAACAUCACGCAGAGCUUCGUUGCCCACAACACGAUAUGGCAUCUCUCCUGGAGACCUGUUCAUUGAGCAGCAAGCUCAAAAUAUCCUCAACAGACAGGGAAUACGAGUAAGAGAGAGACAGACAAGGGAGGAUAUCUCAGGAAGGGUUUCUGAUUCUGGGCCAGAUGCAUCCUCUGUCAGACAUCAUCCAACAGUUGCCCCUCAAUAUUUGGCUCCACGACCUCAAUCUGCUAGCCAGCCUCGAACACGGAGCACUGAACCCCCAAUCAUACAACAGAGUCAGCUAGCAGAGGCCCGUCAACAAAGGGCACAUAGUGCAGAGCGGCCACGAUUCCAGCGCAAUCACAGUAUAGAUUCACCUGCCUUUCAACACAUACCUUCAAGUGAAAUGGGAAUUCAUCAGCGUGCCCAAAGUGCAGAGCCCCCAAACUAUGAACAGAUUCCAGGUGUACACCCUAGCACCAUGGGUCAUCAGCCUGGAUUUGGGAAAAUCAGGCAAUCCCUACCAAGGCGAGAUAGUCAAGAUGCUCAACAAUCACGCCCAGCAUACAAAGACCUCCAGCAGCCAUUACCUGGUCGCAGAGAUGCCCCACCACCUGUACACAAGUAUCGGGCUAUCCUUCAACCAGUGCCUUUGGAUCGGGACUCUCGCCAACCAGCUCAAGCGCAUGCAACUACUCAGAAUCCUCUACAUGAAUAUGAACACACCUCACAUUUGCGUCCGUUACAAAGGCAUUAUGGACACAGCCAACCUUUGCAGUAUGGUACAGCACAGGCAUUACCCCCAGCCUACGGACAAAUUGUCCACUCUGGUCCUUCCUAUGGAUCACAAAGUUCCCAUCUAUCCCCACCUUCAAAUGCUCGUGUAGCUCAUCCUGUGCCUGGACCUCCACUUGGCAUGUCUGAGAUGUUGGAUCACAAAGAAUGCUUGGCUUCGCCUGGUUCGACAUCUACUGGAAAAGAGGGUGAAGAGACAAGACGGCGUCCCAGUACUGAUAACAUUCAGCCUGUUUACAGAGAGGGUCGAUCAGCAUCCAGGGUACCUCCACCUUCAGAAGGGCUACUUAGGAGCAGAAAGGCUGUGCUACCCUCAGAGAUCCGCCGCAGACAAAAAAGUGUGGAUGAUCCCACACGUGGACAAACUGAUGAAGUUUUAGAAAGUCAAAGAAUCAGAACGAUUAGCCAGUCAGAGGAGACAGAGGGCAGAGGUGGAAGAAAGUUGCACCAGUUGGAAGGAAGGGAAGGGCCUGAUGGAAGAGGAGUGGCUCAUAUGGAAGUGGGCACAAUAACAGGUGAAAUGGGUCUAGUGAAUGACAGAGAAGGGCUUGUUGACCGAAGGAACAGACAAUCUGAGGAAAGGGAGGUAGAUAAUGGCUCAAAGAACAGUUGGACAGGUGAAGAUGUGGGACGUAGUGUAAGGAAGAUUGGUCAAAGAGAAGAGAACAAGCAAAGGAGUGGUAUUAAAAAGGAGGAGGGUCAAGGUAAUUGGAGUAUUAACCAAUUAGAGGGGAUAGAGCAAGGAGGUGUCAGGUUGGUUAACAAAUUCAAAGAAAGAGAAUGGGAAGUUGAUCAAGGAAAAGGCCAAGCUCAACAGUCCGUUGAACCAUUGGUACAGGAGGUAGAAGAGCAGAAAGGCCAACGGUUCCUGCAAAAAGAAGUGGUAGAAGGACAUGGUAGAAGACAACGGAUCAAUCUGUCAGAGAACGAGGAAGGCCAAGUCAGACGAAGAAGGAUAAGCCAAUCCGAAGAUGAUUGGGAGGGACGUAGGGUACGCACCAUUGGCCAGUUGGUUGAAUGGGAAGCGCAAGGAGUGCAUCGAAUGGCUCAACCAGAAGGACGUGAGAAAGGAAAACAGAGGUAUAACCCACAAGUAUCUGAAGGUAUGGAAACCACUCCCACACAGGUAAAGCUAACCAAUGAACACAAUAAGGUGGGGGAAGUUGGAGGGUACUUGCAGAAAGGUUCCUCCCUCCCACAAGCUCAACAUCGCGUGAGUCAGGAUGCAUGUGACCUCAGGCCAAAGGCACGAAUCCGCUCCAUGUCAGAUAUUGGAGUAAUGCAGCGAUCUACUGCAUUGAGAAGUCUGGAGCGUGCUGCCAGUCGAGAGUCUGCCAUAGUGAUGGGUCCUGGGCUUCAUACUAAGGAGCCGGGUGCUGUGGCCAAUGGUGAAAUGGGCACCUUGGACACAAGAGUUUCUGUGGCAAAGCUGAGACAUUCCUACCUGGAGAAUGCUUCUGGACACAGACCUGAGCUGGAGUCUAAAGGUGACCAGGUUCCCAUGGAGACUGAUCCAGUUGUCAGCAGUGACCGGGAGAGAGGAGCACGUCGGCCCAGACGUUAUAUUUCCCCUGGUGAUGACAGGAAGUCAUCUGAGAGGUUUAGAACCCAGCCAAUUACAUCAGCCGAAAGGCUGGAGUCUGAUAGGUCCCAUGUUAGUCCAGAGCAUCAACAUGGAGAACUGGAUGAGGAAAAAAUGGAUGAACGAGCUAAAAUGAGCGUGGCAGCCAAGAGGUCUCUUUUCAGGGAGCUGGAGAAGACUUCAGACGGAGGUGUACCCAAACCUCGGUCACGCAAUGCUGCGGUUGAGCGGAGACUCAGACGAGUGCAGGAUCGUUCACGGACACAGCCCGUCACGUCAGAGGAAGUUGUCAUUGCUGCUACUUCCCCUGCUCCCCCUUCCCAAGUCAUCACCGUUCAAACCACUGCUCCCAGAAUCCCCAGUCCUGCCGUAGUCAGCACUUCCAUGACUAGCUUCAGUUUGCAGGCAUCAUCAGCACAUGGAUCGGCCCACCACGAGCAGGAGAAAGAUGACGUUUCAAAGGAUGCUGUUGCGGGAGAAGAGGGCUUGGGGUCUAAUGAACCGGACCUAUCAGCACUAAGCCUGGCUGAGAAGAUGGCAUUAUUCAAUCGUUUGUCGCAAUCCUCUGGCCAAUCAGCAAACGGACCUCGCUCGGACACACGCCAGCGUAGGGCCAAUGCCCGCUUUCAGACCCAACCUAUUACCCAGGGCGAGGUUGAUCAGGAAUUUACAAAAGACGUAGACCCGUCCAGUCUCACAGAUCAGCGUGCUGUGACUAAUGAUUCUGUUGGUCCCCCUCAGAGCGAGCAACUGCAAAAUGGAAGCGUGAAGUUGGAGCCUCUCUCUGCAUCACUGGUCCGCUCUGUUACUGCGGUCACCGCCCAGGCCUCUGUUGCCAUGGUGACAAGCGCUUCCCCAUCAAUGACCGCAGAUGUUCACAUGGGAAUGUCCACAGCUCCGCCCUCCACUCAGGCCUCGCCCAAUCAGACUCAGCUACCGGCCUAUGAGAGAGGAGUUCGAUACUUCAGUCUUACAGAGAGUGGGGAAAAUCCCACUCCUGAUGUUCAGUCUCCGCCCCCCGCAGUGCAGCCCGGCCAAUCAGGAUACAGCAAGGGUGGGGCCACGCUGAUUUCAGCCAAUGGCCAGAGGCAGGACGAAAGUGGGCGGAGGGGAAGACUUGGGUACUCGGAGAGAGAGACAGAGCUCCUCAGUGCGACUUCCCCUCCUCACACACAUGCUCCCAGACACACACCCCCUCACGGCAGGGGAGAUGCAGAGCUGAGCGGCCCGCGAGAGAGGGAAAAAGAAAGCACACCCGUCUCGCAGGGAGGCUACCUUUCACCAGACAAUCAUCAGACGGCAAGAGGAAGCGGCACCAGAGCUGUCAUCUCAGAUGUCCCUGAUCCCAGCGUUCCCGGGAGGGCGGUGAGCACUGCUGCGGUCUCCUCCAGAAUUUCAUCACACACCUCACACUCGCUCACUUACCUCCAGCAAACCCAGUCCUACACUCCUCCACAACAUCAACCAAAACCAGUGCAGCACCCUCAAGUUUACACACCGACACUCACCCGACCCCAAACACAACCCUACAACCCGCCACAGACACAGGCCAAACUACAAACACACUUCAUCUCUGACUUUCAACCUCACGCCCACAUUGACUCUCGGGCUCCUCCACGGCAGACUCAGGUGUCCUCUGAACCCCAACAGCAGACACAACCCAGAGUCCCACCACAGACACAGCCAAAACCACAAUCCUUCCUUCCUCCUCAGUCGCAUGCCUACAUUCCCUCUCAACCCAAGAUACCCCCUCAAACCCAGCCAAAACCCCAGUGCUUCAUACCACCUCAAACAAAACCCCAGGAGGAGAUCCUGGGAAAAUACGGCCCAUCUGCACCCAUCGUCUCCAAAGACCAGCAGCCAGAGGUUCACGAAGAUCCAGAGGCCAUGACAUCUAUGUCAAUCAAGGAAAGGUUAGCCAUGUUGAAGAAGAGUGGAGAGGAUGAUUGGAAAAACAGGAUCAACAAGAAACAGGAGGCUAUACAGGAAGUGGCGUCUGUAAGCGAGAAGACAAGUGAAAUAGUGGAGGAGCAAGGCUUUAAGAAAAAGGACAAGACUGUUAUCAGUGAAUUCACAUCAUCUGAGCAGCUUUGGGGGCCUGUCUUUUCCUCCACCUACUCUCCUCCUCCUCUCCCAUCUUCCCCAAAAUGCCAAUAUGUAGAACAUCAAGGCCAGAAACUUGAAGAGGGGGAGGGGAAGAUGACCAUUGAAGAGAGGAAACAGAUGAUCUCGACCCGAGAGGAGGCGUGGCAGAGCUCAGGGAAGGGCGUGGCCAAUGACUCCACCCAGUACACGGUGGCUGCCAGGAUGGUGAAAAAAGGUCUGGCCGCUUCCUCUGCAGUGAUCAGCCCGAUUCUGUCUCCAGUCUCUGCUAAACUGAAGAGCAGUGUGUCGGCUAUCUCUAAACCACAGGAAGAUAUUGAGGCCAGAGCAGAAAUGGAGUCUGAUAAGAAGCUAGAAAAGCUAGAGACGUUUCUGGGGCGUUUGAACAGUAAAGUGUCAGGAUUGCAGGAGACGACACUGACUGUAACAGAAAAGGCAGUGAAGGAAGUGAUGCGAUUGGAUGAUGAGGUCUUUUCAAAAUUUUACUGCCACAUGACAGAUAUCCCCCGCAGCAUGAGUAGCAGAAUGCAUCUGGAGGAGGACUUUGAUGCCAUCUUUGGAAAACAAGCACCAAUGUUGACAUCGGCGAUGGUGCAGCACAAGCGGGCUGUUCGUCCCUCUCGUAACGUCCAGGCAUCCAGGAACCCCUUAAAGAUUCUAGCUGCAAGAGACGACAUCCGUCAGGAGUACACAGAGCAGAGACUGAAUGUCGGGCAGCUGGAGAGCAAGAGAAUUAAACAGGAGAAAAUGAGCAAGAGCUCCAGUUUGUCAGACGCAGCCCUGGCUGGUCUGGCCAGUAAAGAAAGCUACAGCAGUGUGAGUCUGCGUAGUGUCAGCAUCUCAGAGCAGAUGACCAAUAACAGCGCAGCGCCCUACAAAAAACUCAUGCUCAUGCAGGUCAAAGGUCGACGACAUGUCCAGACCAGACUAGUGGAGCCUAGAGUGUCCUCUCUGAACAGCGGUGACUGUUUUCUACUGGUUACGCCUGAACAUUGUUUUGUUUGGAUUGGAGAGUUUGCGAAUGUCAUUGAAAGAGCCAAGGCCUCAGAACUGGCCACUUUCAUCCAGCUGAACCAUGACCUUGGUUGUCGAGCAGCACUGGUGGAGACGAUUGAAGAAGGAAUGAAAUCCCAAAGCCCCGCAGCUGCAGAGUUCUGGAAGAUCCUGGGAGGAACAGCCAGCUACCAAUCGGCCGGGUCUCCAGACGAGGAUGAGAUGUUCGAGAGUGCCAUUGUGGAGACGAACUGUAUCUUCCGUCUAGUGGAUGAUAAACUGCUUCCCGAUGAUGAUUUCUGGGGGAAAGUGCCUCGUUGCACAUUAUUGGGAUCUAAAGAGGUGAUAGUGUUUGAUUUCGGUAGUGAAGUAUACGUAUGGCAUGGUAAAGAGGUCACGCUGGCACAGAGGAAGGUGGCGUUUCAGCUGGCCAAGCACCUUUGGAACGGGAACUUUGAUUACACCAACUGUGACAUCAACCCUCUGGACCCUGGAGGACACAACACACUCAUACCAAGGAAAGGUCAAGGUCGCCCAGAUUGGGCCAUAUUUGGCAGACUGACUGAACAUAAUGAAACAAGUCUUUUUAAAGAGAAGUUCCUGGACUGGAGAGAUGUUUCUAGACUCUCGCCUAAAAAUGUCAUCGAACACCCAUUCCAACAGAAGGAGUCUCCAGGCACAGAUUCUCGUUCUGAAUGCCAGGCGUACAGCGCCUCUCUGAUGCUGCCAGUCCUGCAGUCGCCCAUCAGCACGAUUCUGGACGGUCAGGACGUGGGUCGUGGACACGGUCCAGUGGAGAACAGCUCGGACGACUGUCUGCGGUCCCUGGAGAUCAGCACGGUUGCCGUUGACGUCUGGCACAUCCUGGAGUUCGACUACAGCCGACUGCCUAAGCAGAGCAUCGGCCAGUUUCACGAGGGAGACGCGUAUGUGGUGAAAUGGAAGUACAUGGUGAGCGCUGCAGUGGGCAGCAGGCAGAAGCCGGAUCAGGUGCGCAGUGCAGGUCCCGGCAGGGAGAAGUGCUGCUAUUUCUUCUGGCAGGGCAGAAACUCCACGGUCAGUGAGAAAGGAACAUCUGCACUCAUGACUGUUGAACUGGACGAAGAGAGAGGAGCACAGAUGCAGGUCCAGCAGGGGAAGGAGCCGCCCUGUUUCCUGCAGUGUUUCAAUGGGGGGAUGACCGUGCAUUCUGGGAAGAGAGAAGAAGAAGAGGAGAACAUUCAGAAUGAUUGGCGUCUGUACUGUGUGCGUGGUGAGAUACCCGUUGAGGGCCACCUGUUGGAAGUGGCGUGUCACUGCAGCAGUUUGCGAUCUCGCUCCUCAUUGGUCCUUCUGAACAUCAACAGAGCCUUCAUUUACCUGUGGCAUGGCUGCAAAACACAAACACACACACGGCAUGUAGCUCGGACCGCCGCAGACAAGAUUAAAGAACUACGACCGCUGGAGGCUGGACUUCACAGCAGCUGUAAUGUGACCAUUCAUGAAUGUGAGGAAGGUGGCGAGCCAGUGGAAUUCUGGGAAGCAUUAGGCAGGAAGGACCGUAAGGCCUACGACUGCAUGCUGCAAGACCCUGGCAAGUUUAACUUCACGCCGCGUCUGUUCCAGCUCAGUAGUUCUUCGGGUGAGUUUGUGGCGCAGGAGUUCUUCAACCCAUCCAGAGCUGCAGACCUUGUUUGUUCCCUGCCGUUCCUACAGGAGGAUCUGUACUCUGCCCCACAACCAGCUCUGUUCCUAGUCGAUAACUAUCAUGAAGUCUACCUGUGGCAAGGCUGGUGGCCUCAGGAUGCAGAGAGUACCGGCUCUGCCCGCAUCCGCUGGGACUCAGACAGGAAAUGUGCUAUGGAAACAGUGUUGCAGUACUGCAGAGAGAAGAACGAGAAGAAGCCUCAGAAGUCGUACCUGAUUCAUGCUGGACUGGAGCCUCUGACCUUCACAAACAUGUUCCCCAACUGGGAGCACAGGGAGGAUAUCGCUGAAAUCACAGAGAGGGAGGCAGAGGUGUGUAACCAGAUCAUUUUAGUGGAGGAUGUUUUGGCUCGACUCUGUCAGAGCACUUAUCCUCUAGAAACGCUGCUAACCCGUCCCCUUCCCCACGGCGUCGACCCUCUGAGAAUCGAGAUGUAUCUGACCGAUGAGGACUUUGAGAGAGUGUUAGACAUGAAGAGAGAAGAGUUUGACCUUCUGCCUGGAUGGAAGCAAGUGAACCUCAAAAAAGCCAAAGGACUCUUUUAAAAGCCUGACGGUGAAAGAAUUAUCACUGUCCAUUUCCACCAUGACCACUGGUUCUGCGGUCGCCUCUGCAUUGUGACCUCUUUCGGUUAAUGGAGGUGUUUCUUCAGAGAGCAGGGUAAACGGUCGGGUCAAAGGUCACUUUAGGAUCUACAGAUGCACCUGCUGUGGCGUCCUCUUUUGAUGUAUCUAUUAAGUCCGUGGAAGUGAUGUCUGUGUGUGUGUCCUCACCUCGUUCAUGUGCAGUCUGUGAGUAUGUUUAUCUCUUGAAGUACAUCAUGAAUCAAAUACUUCGCUCACCCUUCCCAUCCGGUCUGAUCUGCGAUGUGUUUUUGUCGUUACACGUACGUUUGAAAAAUCUGCUGAACAAUUAGAAAUUGUAUAAACUUUGUAGCAAAAAAAGAAAAUCCUGUGCGAUCGCUCUUAAUGUUGUCAUAUGUCUUAGGAUAUUUCUUUUUGAUUCAAGAGGAGUUUACAUGGCGCGUCUGUAUUUUGUGUGUGUUCUUCCCGUGUGAAUGGCUGUUGCUUGUGGUGGUGAUGGUCUCUUCUUCCCGAGGUGUGAGGGACGUCAUGUUUGUUUGUAUUCGGACAGCAUGGAGUAAUGGACGAGAGAAAGAAAAGAUAUUAAUUUAAAUGUACAGUAUAGUGCCUUGCUUUUGUGUACAGUUUCUAUACCAAACACUCUCUAUACUAUAGUCUGCAUUUCAGACACUUUCUUUGUGAUAAAAGAGAUAGUGAAUAAAGAAAGCAUAUUAAAAUCA